UUCCGCAGUCCUGGAAACGUUCAAAAAAGGCUUUGUGGGAUGUCGUCAGUGCAGCAGACAGCGCAACGCGCCUGGACGCUACCGCCGGCGGUAUCAAACAUCACCAAUCCCCUCGCGGUCGCUCUAGCUUUGUACCCAAUACAAGAAGUAAGGCAUGCAUUCGCAAGCCUCUUACCAUAUGUGCCUUACUAAUUCUGAUAUACAGGCCCUAAUCUCGCUCCUGGUACCGGACGAGCUCAUCACUCUGACCCAGCUCUGCCAAACCCUCCAUGGACACAUUCGCAUGGACGAUGCAAGCGCAAAGGCCAACCUUCUUUCCAAGACACUGUGCUCCGGAUUCGGUUCGUUCGUCAGGAUGUCCACUCAUUGCCCUUGUCCAGCAAAGACCUUCCAUUCUGUGAUGGUUUGCCCAAGGGGUGGAUUUGGAGCAGAGUCACACCCGUGUACGGGAUGUGGUGUCAACACUUGCGACGAGUGCCGUAUACAUGUUUUCUACAACUUCAUGACAGACGAUUCUGGGCUCGAUCAGCGUCGAUGGUGGGCAGGCUACUACUUUCUUAACCCCACGGCUGUUGCAGUAUAUCCACCUAAGAACUCAGAUGGCAGUGUCUGGCAUCUGCCUGUAAAGGAGAUGCUGCCUCGCCAUGACCAGGGCCGCGUUCACAUCCCCCUAGAGAUCGGUGCUUUAGGCGAUCCUGAGCCGAUUGAGCCGAUUCUCGAUCUGGACUUAGGCAUCCACCAGUUCAUCAGUCCCCGUGGGCGUACACAAUACCCCUACUCUGGCAAUAACAUCGUCUCAUUUCUCGACCUGACGGUCAACAAGCGCAAAGAUCUCGCAUGCCCUUCCUGUUACCUGGAACGCCAGAACCAAGGUGUGGUGCCUUGUUCUUGCACCCUACGCAAGCGCUUCCUAGACCGAUGGUUGUGUAUGCACUGCUACAUCGGGGAGAUUACUGUUGAUGAACAGCUGCGCUGCCAUGUUCCAAUAGCAGCCGAGGUCGGACAAGGCCACAUUCAUGUGUGUGGUUGCGGAACGGAGUUUACACCCGAUAUCAGGCCAAAAGUCAUGUGCAACUGGUGCAAAGGCGAGAUCGAAGGGCUCAAGCAAAGCGCCGAGGGUGAUGCGACCAGUGAGAACGACGAAGACAAAACUGGAGAAGAAGAGGAACUCGGGGACGGAGAUGACGAGGAGGACCAUUCGGCGGCUGACUUUGCAGGUCUGCCUCUGAAUGAGUUUGGCUUCGCUGAGAAUCGCGACGGGUCCCUUUCAGUGUACGUGAAUGGCGAGUGCAUCCGCGGAGAACGUUUGGGACGAGCUAUAAUCCGCCAGUGGAUGACAAUCCAGGGUGAGCACGUUGAAUGCACUUGCUGUAUCUGCGACGAAAAGGACUCUAUGCAUGCUCACGCGGGGGAUGGAGCAGAAGACGAGGACGACGAUGUUGAAGGACUGGGUGAUAUGAAUAAGGAAAUGGAAGAUGGCGACGAUGACGAUGAUGCGGAUCUACCAGAUCUGGAAGACGUCGAGUCAGCUGCGGGCUUCGAAGAUCCAUGGGGACUGGACUAAGAGUCUACUGCACGCUUGUCCUGGUAGGAUCACGCAGGGCACCACCGGUGAAUGCGUGAACUUAGUCCCGUUCGGCAAGAUACAUACCAAGAUGAUCGCCGUAUGCGAUGUACACUUGCUUGUUGCGUCAAG